AUGUCAGAAACAGAUAGCCGUGAGAAAGCAAACAUGGCGGCAACAAAUCAGAUCGAGGACGUUGCAGAUAGAGAAGCCGAAGAUCACUAUGGCGCCGUUGUACUUGACGUUGGCGACAACGAAAAGAGUGGUGGAGCAGGAUACAAGCUUGCAGCGGAUGGACAUACCGUGCUAUUACCACAGCCUAGCGAAGAUCCUGAUGACCCACUCAACUGGUCACCGUUCAAGAAACAUAUGAUCCUAUUUAUUGUCGCCCUUUCAGCUUUCUGUGGUGACUUUGGUAGCGGUGCUGGUAUCCCAUGUAUCGUCAAGCAAGGUGCAGAAUGGAACAUGAGCCCUGCUGUCGUCAAUUAUGCGGGUAACUUGAAUGUCAUAAUGUUGGGUGCUGGUGGUAUCUUCUGGAUUCCCUUUAUUUACUGGUGGGGACGCGCACCAGUUCUCUUCUGGACAACCCUCGCAGGUGCAUUCUUCACUUUGGGAUGCUGCUUGGCCAAUAACUUCGAGACUUUCUAUGGAAUGCGUGCUUUGAUGGGCUUCACUUUGACUGCCUGCCAAACCAUUGGUCUUUCGUUCAUCAAAGAUAUGUUCUUCUUCCACGAGCAUGCCCGAAAGAUCGGUGUCUGGGCUUCGCUUUUCUUAGUUGCCCCAUACCUUGGUCCUCUCUUCGGAAACUUCAUCAUUGAUGGAACUGGUGAAUGGAGAAACGUGUUCUGGCUUGUUUUCGCCAUCUGCUGCUUCGAUCUUGUCCUCAUCGUCGGAUUUGCCGACGAGACCUGGUAUGUCCGCAAUGCUCCAGAAAAGGUCCCACGCGGCAACCGUAUCAUGCGUGUUCUCGGAUUUUGGCAGAUCCAAAACCAUACUUCUCUUCAACUCGUUACAUUCACACACAGCUGGGUUAGACUGGUAAAGGUCCUCUUCCGACCAACCAUGAUCCCAAUCAUGAUCUACUACAUGCUUUCCUUCAUGUGGGCCGUCGGUAUCAACAUCACCACCUCUAUUCUCUUCGAGACCCCACAAGCAGCCGGUGGAUACGGAUUUGGUGCCAAGUCUGUCGGUUACCUCUACUUCACUCCUAUCGUCGCCGUUGCAAUUGGUGAAAUCUUUGGACAUUACUUCAACGACUUCAUUGCGGCCAGAUUUACCAAGAAGAACAACGGUGUUUUCGAACCUGAAUGCCGUCUUACGACCAAUUAUAUCUCUGCAUUCUUCAUGAUCCCUGGUCUCAUCAUUGUCGGUUUCGGUCUCGCCAAACAUCUCCACUACAUGUCCUUGGUUAUGGGAUGGGGCAUGUACGUCUUCGGUGUCAUGACCGCCUCUGUCGCCAUCACUGCCUACGCUUUGGACUCUUACCCAACUGCUUCCGGUGAAGUUUCCAGCUUCUUGAACUUCGCCAGAGUCCUCGGUGGAUUUUCCGUUGGAUACUUCCAACAACCAUGGGGUGCCGCUUCGGGUUAUGAUGUCAGCUUUGGAGUCCAGGCAGCUAUUGUUGCUGCGGCUUUGGGUGUCCUUGUGACACUUCAUGUCUUUGGAAAGAGAAUGAGAGUUUGGGGUGGUCCUUUGCAUUUGUAG